CUUCCGGAACUAACUUGAAUCUACUUCUCCCUUGUCUGUAAUACCAUCACUGGGUUUUCCAGCUGGCUCUGGCCUGUCCCUGGCACCUCCCCGCUACCUACUGAUCCGACGGCGCCCAAGGCGGUGUAGGCUGGUAAGAUUGCUCCCGGGAAGGAGGCUCCGGGAUGAUCCACGCGGCCGCGCCCCGCACCCACCGGCGGCGCCAGGGAGACGCAGAGUUCUCCAGAUCCUCCAAGCGCCUUCGGCGCCACCACACCAGACACUCACUGUUCACGAGGCCUCAAAGCGUGGAGGCGGUGGCCGAUUCCCCGGUGACCGCCAAUUUGGUCCCAAGACACUUCAGGAUCUCCCAACCGAUGGAGGACAGAGAGGUUCCAAGAGAGGGCGCCAAAGGCGACGCGCUGGCGGCCAGCUCCAAGCCAACCAGACCCAUUGCGUCCGUCUGCAGGAACCUGUCUCUUCACCCUGCUUUGGACACUGAGCUUCAGAGGAUCUGGCUGCGUGCUGAAUCAACGCCAGGGCGCCGCCUAGAGGACAAGAGGGGAUAUAAACUGUUUGAAGUUCAUCAGCACGGUGAAGUUUUAUUGUAUUUCCGGUCCCUAAGAUUUACACCCUGAAAAGAGAAGCCGGCAGCCUGGCAGACUCCCUCCAUACCUCCGAGUUUCCACGCCAGAGACACACAGUGGCCAAGCGGACACUUUGCUUUCCGGGAGCAGGGAGGGAGGGAGCCGGCUCCGACCGACUCUCCCUCAAAGGCUCAGUUCUACUUGGCUCCACUCUCCUGUCUACUCCCCUGUCUCAAGGCUGGGGUUGCCUUCGAGUUGGAAGGUUUGAUAUCUGAGAGCUGCCUGGGAGUCUGGGUAACCCUGGAGCCCAGGGACUGGCCAGAUGGUGAGUGUGUGCGAAUCUUCCUAGCAGUUUGAAGUUAAGAAUCCUUUUCAUCUGGGGAGCCCUCCAACUCUGGUCUGUGCUGAGAGGCCAAGUAGGUAUCUCACAAAGGCCCAGGUCUAAGCCUUGGUCAGGAUUCUUGAAGUCAGUUCUGGAUUUCUGGGUCCAGUACUUAAAUUCCUGGUUAACUAGCAGCGGAACUCUGUUAGGAGAAAGUCGAAGUAAACAAGUUAAGCAGAGGAAGUAAAUUGUGUGGCCAUUUUAGCUCACAGGGUGGGGGUGGGGGGUACCCCAGUGAGACCUCACCUGCCAGGGAGCUUGAACCGGGACUGUUGAGUGAAGUAGGUAGUUUCAUGUUGUUGGGCCUGGCUUUCUGAACACAACGACAUCAAACCACCUGAUUCAUGGCAGUUACUGCUUCUUGCUUAGCCGGGGGAGUUCCGUAGGGUUCUCCAGGACUGGUAUGUCAGUUACCCCUGCAAAAUAAUAAAACAGGCUUGAGGGUCCUCAACUGAGAAUAGCAAAGAUGUUCCCUCAAGAAGAAAUCUGGGGAAUCCUGAGGAUGUCUCUUCACCUUUUAGAGAUAGA